AUGCCCAAAAAAAUUACUUCUCAGGUCGCUUGCGCAUUUGGUGCCCCGGUUGGAGCAGGUGCAUCGGCGCAGGCAGAUUGGCUUCACCGAAUUGUACUGACUGCCUACACGAUCUGGUUGAUGGCUGCCACUACACAGGGCAUUCAGAGGAGUCGGCUGGUGAUGACAAGCGAAAAUGAGGCUGCCGGUCUGGUUGGACUCGUCUGGAUGCCGCGACUCAUGGAGGAGGCCGGGCGACAGCUGCGACAGAUUUCACUGGCUCCGACUAGCACUGGCAACUGUUCUGCCUCUCCUGGCUCUAUUGGCAGUAGAGUGGGCGGGGCGGCUACAACACCGUUAGUUGCUAUCCCGCCCAGCAUGGUGAUGGAGAUCCGCAUUUGGUUGUGCCGGCUGAUCGGGCUUUUGGCGCAUCGCAUAUGUCUAGUUGUAUUGGCCCAGCUGCAACAGCUCCGACAAGUGGCACAUUUAACCGCGGAUACCGCAGGCGAGUGUCUAAGGCUAGUAGGAUAA